UAUCUUGACGAAAAUAUUUUUCUCAGCGGCAACCCUGCUGCUGAAGCUCCUUUUCUCUUUUCACCAUAAUCGAUUGAAACUUGAGGGAGAAUGAGCUGUUCCCCAGCUCCACCCCCGCAUCCACCAAUAACGCCUUCGUCUUUUCCAAGGUGUGAAAAGCCAGGAGAAAUUUCAACUUCCAAUAUGAGCAUGAGCGGAAUGUCUGGAUGAUUGAUCUCGAUCGAUUACAAAGACAAAAGUAAAUGCAGUUGUUCUGAUACGGAAUUCCAAGUAUAAAAUUAUCGCGUGGGUAUUAGCAUAAUAAAAAAAUUACCGUGAAAUUAAUAAUAUGUAUUCAACUGAGGCGAUUUGAAUUGUCUGAAAAUAUCAAUAUUUAACUCCAUCUGUUGUUGACACUACAGAUGACGCCUGAGGAUGACUGGAUGCUACAAAAAGAAAUAUUUCUUUAAAUAAAACAGAAUUUUAUGCUGUUCCUGACGUAAUUCAAAGUGGAUACCUCUUGUUGAACCAGCUACUACUCAUUUUCUUGGGCCAAAAAAUUAUGCCGAACGUAAUGAAUGAACUUAUAUAUCAAGACGAAUAUGAAUGAUAUAUAAUUCUUUAGUGAUCACUUUAUGAAAGCAAUUUAGUAAUGAUAUGAAAAUCAAUGUAUGACUCCAGCAACUAAGAAACAUUUCAUUUGCAAUACUUUAGGUAUGGAAUUUUCUGAGAAAAAGGCUUUAAGUCAGCAUUUUAGAACAGACGCGAAAGAAAAACUUCAUACGUGCAGUAUUUGCUAUAGAGAAUUUUCGCAUACAGAAGAAAAAGGAUAUUCCUGUGACAUAUGCAGUGAGCGAUUUUCUCGAGAAUCUGAUUUCGAUGAACGUUUUUGCUCUGAAACAAAUGAAAAACGGUGUUGUUGUAAUGUAUGUGGAAGAGAAUUUUCCAGCAGUGAAACUUUAAAGACACAUUCUUUAACUCAUACAAGUGAAUGUUCUUGUGAUGUCAGUAGUAAGGAGUUACCGCACAAAUUUGUUUUAAAUACACCUUACAAUUCUCAAUCAAAUGAAAAGCCAUAUUCUUGCGAUGUAUGCAAUGAACAAUUUAUUGAGGAAGUUCAUUUAAAUGAACAUUAUCGGACUCAUACAAAUGAAAAACUCUAUUCUUGUGAUGUAUGCAAUAAACGGUUUAAUGAAGAAGGUCAUUUAAAUGAACAUUACCGGACUCAUACAAAUGAAAAACUCUAUUCUUGUGAUGUAUGCAAUAAACGGUUUAAUGAGGAAGGUCAUUUAAAUGAACACUAUCGGACUCAUACAAAUGAAAAGCCGUAUACAUGUGCUGUGUGUGGUAAAGUAUAUUCUCUCAAAAGUAGUUUGGAUUGUCAUUUUCGAUCUCAUUCAAAUGAGAAGCCCUAUUCUUGCGAAAUAUGCGGGAAACCGUUUUCUCGAAAAAGUUAUUUACGUCAACAUUAUCGUUUUCAUACAAAUGAAAAACCUUAUUCUUGUGACGUAUGUAGUAAAAAGUUUUCUCUGAAAUGUACUUUUAAGAAGCAUUACAAUUCUCAUACAAAUAAUAAACCCUUUUCUUGUUACGUAUGUGGUAAACAGUUUUUUCAGAAAUAUCGUUUAGAUGAACAUUAUCGAACUCAUACCAAAGAAAAACCUUAUUCAUGCAGUAUAUGUGGUAAAGCAUUUUCUCAGACAAAUGCUUUGAGAUAUCAUUAUCGUAUUCAUACAAAAGAAAAACCCUAUUCUUGUGAUGUAUGUAGUAAAGAGUUUUCUGUGCAAUCUGCUUUUGAAAAGCAUUCCCUUUCUCAUAUAAAUGAAAAGUCCUAUUCUUGCAAUGUAUGUAGUGAACAGUUUUCUCAGAAAAGUGCUUUAAAGAAGCAUUGCCUUUCUCAUAGAAAUGUCAAGCUUUUUUCUUGUGAUGUAUGCUGUAAACAAUUUUUGAAGAAAAAUAAUUUAAAUAGGCAUUAUCGAACUCAUACAAAAGAAAAUCUUUAUUCUUGUAAUAUAUGUGGUAAAGAAUUUUUUCACGAAAAUAGUUUAGGUAUUCAUUAUCGUAUUCAUACAAAUGAAAAACUUUAUUCUUGUGACGUAUGUCGUAAAGAGUUUUCUCAGAAAUGUGCUUUAAAAAAGCAUUACCGUUCUCAUAUAAAUGAAAAAAACUAUUCUUGUAAUGUAUGCAAUAAACAGUUUACUGAGAAAAGUCAUUUAAAGGAGCAUUAUCGGACUCAUAAAAAUGAAAAGACGUAUACAUGUGCUAUAUGUGGUAAAGUAUAUUCUCUCAAAAGUAGUUUGGAUUGUCAUUUUCGAUCGCAUUCAAAUGAGAAGCCCUAUUCUUGCGAAAUAUGCUUGAAAUCUUUUUCUCGAAAAAGUUCUUUAAAUCCACAUUAUCGUAUUCAUUCAAAUGAAAAACCUUAUUCUUGUGAUCUAUGUAGUAAAACGUUUUCUCUGAAGUGUGUUUUAAAGAAGCAUUACCGUUCUCAUACAAAUAAUAAACCCUUUUCUUGUGACGUAUGUGGUAAACAGUUUUCUCAGAAAUAUCAUUUAGAUCAACAUUAUCGAACUCAUACCAAAGAAAAACCUUAUUCAUGCAGUAUAUGUGGUAAAGCAUUUUCUCAGACAAAUGGUUUGAGAUAUCAUUAUCGUAUUCAUACAAAAGAAAAACCUUAUUCUUGUGAUGUAUGUAGUGAAAAAUUUUCUUAUAAAGGUGCUUUAAACAAACAUUGCCUUUCUCAUACAAAUGAUAAACUGUUCUUGUGAUGUACAUAGUAAAGAAUUUUCUCAGAAAUAUCUUAAAUAAGCAUUGACUUUCUCAUACAAUUUAUUACCAUACUAAUUGACUCAUACAAUUGAUUGCCUUUCUCAUACAAUUGAGUUUUUCUUUUGAUAAAUGCUGAAAACAAUUUUCUCAGAAAAGUCAUUUAAAAGAGCAUCAUCGAACUUAUACAAAGAAAAAAAUAAACAUUAUUCUUGUAAUAUAUGUGGUAAAGCAUUUUUUUCACAUAAAUAGUUUGGUUCCUCAUUUUUGAUCUCAUACGAAUGAAAAGCCUUAUUUUUGAAACUAUUUUUCCUGAAAAUCACGUUAAGUAGGUAUUAUUGAAUUCAUGUCAAUAAAAAACCUUAUUAUUGUUAUGCAUGUGGCAAAGUAUUCUCUCAAAAAGUAAAGUUAAAUGAGCAUUAUCGGUUUCAUAGAAGUAAAAUGCCCUACUCCUGUGAUAUAUGUGGCAAAGGAUUUUCUCAUAUUUAAAUAAACAUUUUCCUACUCACGCAAAGAAAAAAAUUUCAUCUGGCGAAGCAUGCUGGUAUAAACUUCUGCAUAAAGUUGAUUUGAAUAAAUACUUUCGUGUUCAUAGAAAUGGAAAAUUAUCCCUUUUGUGAAAUAUACAAUAAU